UCCAGAAAUAAUUGGGAAAAAGUUUAAAAGAAGCGAAGAUUUUUUUCACUCUCCGUGUCCAUCAUCUUUAAUUGGUGUGCAAAUUGUGAAAGAAUUGAGUAAUAUAAGAAGAUUUGACCUUAAUUUAGUUGAAACAAAGUGUGUACUUCUUCCACUGGAAACAGAAUUAAUUUGUUAUCCUCUAAUUCACAGUGCAAUCCAGUGACUUUUUACCAUGCGAUUUUCUAUAGUAAAUUUUAUUGAAACUAACGAGAUAGAGAUUAUCCCAAUAAAUUGGUUGUCACCAUCAAGAGAUAAAUGCUGGUGGCCGCCAUUUAAAUCUACCGAACGCCAAUUGAAGGCCGCUAUGGGUGGAGACAAUCCAAGUAAACAAUGGUUAUCAUUCGACGUGAAGGUUGUUGGAGGAGGUAAAAUAUUUGAAUCAUACCAACAAGCCAAGAGUCAGCUUGGCAAAGCCUUGGAUGAAACCGAACCGGAAUUUGAAAGUGAUUUCGAAGUGACAGGUCGUGGGCAACGUCACAAGAAAAGUCAGCGUCAGGAAGAGUCAAGCGAUUCGGAGAGAGAAGAUGGACUUACUAAAAUACCAUCAAAGCCGAAUUUUUCAAUUCCGCCCCCACCACAAUAUUUUGCUUUAGUUGGAGGUAUAUCGCAACGUUCAGACCGUCAAGAUGACCAUGAAUCAGGCAGCUCUAUUCAUCUACCGCGUCACUCACCACCAGUAAGUGAUUCCCAUUCACAGCAAGAAAAUGAGGAAAUUACUUCCAGGUCAGCAAAUUCAUUGACCUUUAACAAACUCCACUCCCCAUCACCACAUGGUCAAAUGAGAGACCUCUCCCCAAAUAACAUGCUGCGUCAACAUUGUACCGGUGAAUUGGUCAAUGUUUCGAGCAACCAUAGCGUGGAGAUCGACACGCAGGUCGAGAUAAAUCAGGAAAUCUCUGCAAAUAUAGAAUUUCAAAACUGGAUGGUUAGACAAAUGAAUGUUGUGAAAGCCCAAUUGCGACAACUACAAGAAUGUGUGGACGCCUUGCUCAAUAGCUGCAAUUUGAACGGACAGGGUGGUGGUCAAAGUUUAAAUACGUUGCCAGCUGGAUUAUUACCUGUGGAUUGCGAUUCCGACUUAAAAAAACUCGAAGAUUUUGCGACGGAAUCCAGGAACACAUUGAUUCGAGAACUGCAGAGGGGCCUAGGUGCGACAAAGACGGCACAGAAGGCUACUCAGCGGAUACUGUCGAAAUUGUUGACGGAUACGUAUGCGUCUUCAUAUAACUGGAUUGGUUCGAGAGGAGAAAAGACAGCUUUUUCGAAGUCUUUGAUGAAACACAUUAUUUUUGAAGCGAUUCAUGGAAUCCCGAAAUUGAGCGACGCUGGCGACGACGAGAUUUCAAACGCUAUUAAAGAUUGGCUAAAGAAUUCCAAUAAACGUAUUGAAUCUGACAGGAAACGCUUGGCAAAAUCCAAUGCAAAUCAUCCAUCCGUCAUUGCUGGAUUCAACUCCGACGAUUAAUUUAUACUCUAUAAAUUUUAAUUUACUUUUGGUACCUUCUAAAUUCAUCUUCAUUUAAUUGUCUAAAUUUGUAGAAUAAUAUAGAAGUUAUAAAGAAAUAAAAAUCGUGAACGUAAAUUUUCAUGUUGUAAUACGUGUUUUUUUGGGGUAAAUCUCGUGGCUAAAUACGUGUUUUUUUGGGGUAAAUCUCGUGGCUAAAUACGUGUUUUUUUGGGGUAAAUCUCGUGGCUAAAUACGUGUUUUACUGGGGUAAAUCUCGUCGAUGUGGUGUGAAACUCGUUCUUGGAACACGUGUAAAGAACGAGUUAGAUACGUUAAAAAGAGCGACACUUGCCCCCAGUUUAACACCAGCUCUCUACCAGUUUCAUACGUGUUUAACACGAAUACUGGGGUCACCAAACUCGUUCAAAACUCAUGUUAAUCUCGUGUUUGUGCAGGCUGGGAAACUAAUGAAA